UUCCGGUAAACCUUCUAAGUUCUAACUCGAGCUCUUCGACUCAACAAUAUUACUGCCCUCAGAUCUCCAAUGCUCGCCCGCGCACCACACUCCCUGCGUGCACAAGUUGCGCGUACUCGUGUCGCCCCCUCUGCACGCUUUGUGCAUGGCCAUGGUGAAUAUCAUCACUUGCCAUUCGAGUGGCCUGGAAAGAAACGACUAUCGUUCGGUAUCAAGCUCACCGCUUUCCUGGUAACAGGGUUCAGCAUUCCUUUCGCGGCUGCCAAAUUUCAAUUAAACAAGUCUGCUGCAACAUAGACUGUGUAGGGCAUUCGGACACAAUUUUUGCGCCUCUUCAAUGUCUAUAUCUGGAAUCUGAACUCAAAUCAAACUUUAUGAA